AUGUCGACAAUGCUGCCCAUGCAUCGCGCUUCAGGCGCAGAACGCGGGUGGCGAGCAAUGGCCGUUGACAACGAACCCUCCUACACAGCCCGUCUUUUCGCUGUCCUCCGUCCAAAGCCCUUCCGUGGCAUCGUGCGUUCCAGUCUUUUCAUUAUCGGCGGUGCAUUCUUCCUCCUUUGGUUCAUGUUCAUGCAAUUUGGCGGCCCUCCGUUUCUGAGCAGUCCAUUUCCGCCUCCACGAGUGCCGCGACCAGGUUACAAGUCGCCAUUCAUUUUUGAUGAUGAUGAUGAUGUGACAGUGCCGCAGAAGCAGGUGACUCCUGAGGAAUGGGCAAAACGUGCGGAGAUGGUGAAGCAAGCAUUCGUGCAUGCUUACCAUGGAUACGAGCAGUAUGCUAGCCCGAUGGAUGAGCUCUUGCCAUUGACUGAUGGCGCUGUUAACAAUUUCAACGGAUGGGGAGUAACCAUGGUCGAUUCCCUCGAUACAAUAUAUUUAAUGGGCCUACACGACGAGUUUGACCGGGGCAUUGAACUCGUCAAGAAGAUGGCAAUCGCAAAUCAUAAUUCAUCAGUACCUUUCUUUGAGACGGUCAUUCGGUAUUUAGGAGGGUUACUCUCUGCAUAUGGUCUCUCGAAAGACCCUGCCUUACUACAAAAGGCAGAUGAGCUUGGUGCAGCACUUCUACCAGCGUUCAAUACUUCCUCAGGCUUCCCUACAUAUGGCAUUGUUCCGGCGACUGGAGACCGUGUGGGUGGAUGGGGAGGAAGAGCCAAUGGCUGGCUAGCGGAACUCGCGAGCUGUACCAUGGAAUACAAGUACCUGGCAAAGGUUACUGGAAAGAAAGAAUAUUACGAAGUCGCCCAAAACGUCAUGCGACGGCUGUAUGAUGCUGACUUGUCGAAAUACCCGAAAGGCCUGUUGCCUUCCAUGUGGACUCUGGGUACUGGCCAGCCUGUCAAUCUCCAGGUCACUAUCGGGGCAUACGCGGAUAGUGCUUUCGAAUAUUUCCUGAAACAAUAUCUACUCACGAAUCAGACGGAUUCUGAAUCGCUAGAACUUUAUUUACGGACUAUGCGCGGUGUCAUGGACCACAUGCUGUACCUUUCACCCACACGAUCGUUUUUGUAUGUCACGGACAUAACUGCAACAUCGGGAUACCCGUCGCGAAAAUUCGAGCACCUUUCGUGUUUCCUUCCGGGCCUCCUUGCGCUGGGCGCUAACCAGCUUCCUGCACAUGUAUUCGCCCCGUUUUCAGAAUUUGCAGAAGAAGGGAGGACGCCGUCUGAACUGGAGAGGCAUAUCUGGGCUGCAAAGGGCUUAGGAAUCUCUUGUGGAACGAUGUAUUCUGAUAUGCCAGUUGGCCUCGGCGCGGAUGAAGUUGCUGUGACAAGUGCGUCGGAACUGGAACGUGAGCAAAUACGUCUAGAACGUGUUCAAGAGGCAGAACGGUUGCGAGAAGAGGCGAAGAAGCUCGCAGUAGAGAAAGAGAGGGAACACGAGAAGGCGGUUAAGGGAAGACGCGCACCGCCUGUUCAUCCAGAUGAGAAAUUCAACUGGUCGGCACGCCGUCCAGUGGCGGAUAAGCUUACUGUUAAUCAGACAGAGGAGGAUUACAAGUCGCGAUGGACGAACGUGCUUGCGGCGUGGCGGCGAGGUCUUUAUGAUGGGAAGAAUAAUGUUUAUCUUGAUGUGCAAGAGGAAGGAGGUAUAAGUGGUGGUGUGUGGCGAGAGAGGGAGUGGACGCAAGAGAGGAUAGGACUCGUACCUGGACUGCGAGAUCCACCAUACCCGGCACGCAACGACUCCGUGUACUCGCUAGAUUACCGAAGUCGUAACCCGACUUAUCAGCUAAGACCUGAGACUAUUGAAAGCUUCUUCGUUUUAUGGCGCACGACUGGUGAAGAGGUGUGGCGCCAGCGUGGAUGGGCAGCGUUCAAGGCUAUUGAGAAGAACUUGCGUACGCCAUCUGGGUAUGCAACAGUCAGGAACGUCUUCAACCCGAAGAUUCAGUUGCAAGAUAGCAUGCCAAGUUUCUUCCUGGCAGAGACGCUCAAAUAUCUCUAUCUUCUCUUCUCGGACGAUUCGAUUUUGCCUUUAGACAAGUACGUGCUCAAUACCGAGGCACAUCCUUUCCCAGUCUUUGAAUGGACGGAAGCGGAAAAGGAGAAGUUCGGUAUCAAGUCAUAA